CUUUCUGUGUGCGUGUUCUGCCCGCGUGUGCGUAGGUUCUCUCCGGGUUCUCCAGCUUCCUCCCACUGGCCAAAGACAUGAUGCUAGGUUACCAGGUCACUAAACUCUCCCCAGAAAGGAGUGUUUGUUUGUCUCUGUUUGACCUGCGAUGGACUGGUGACCUGUCCAGGUAAACCUGUCCAGGUGUACCUGUCCAAGUGUAUCUGUCCAGGUGUACUUGUCCAGGUGUGCCUCAUGCCUGCUAAUUUCUGGGAUAGACACCAGCUACCCCACGACCCUGAAUUGGAAUAAGUGGUGUAGAAAAUGGAUAAACAAAGCAAGAGACCAGAAACAUUUAGAGUAAACUGGUUAGGCAGUUUGAUUACUUCAGUGUGCACAAACGCAACCUUCCACUUCAAAGUGCUACAGAACUGCAGCCAGCUUGUCUUUGACUUAUUCAGUGAGUGCAAACAGAACCUCUACACAGAACAGCGGCACCGUACGCCUGAGCCAGCAGGAACUGAUUCAACUAGUAUUUCAAUGCCAGCUGAAAAUUUCAUAGUGUGAAUGCAGCCAUGAUUUAAAUAGUACAAAAUAGCAUUUUUGUGGGCAUUACUGUAUUAUAUUUAUUUACAUUAUUCAAUUGUAUAUUUGUGUGUUUUUUUCAUUAUUAUUAUUUUUUUAAUCAGAAUAUCUUGACAUUUUAAGCUGACUUGGGGGGCUCCCGGGUGAUGUGGUGGCUGAAAGCAGCCGUUUUAAAUGCAUAUAGUUACAUGUCCUUCAUAUCCAGAAAGCUCCACCUGGCAACGCUAACACGUUUUUAACAAGCAGCCAUGAUUGUUUUCCUCGAUGCUGGAUGUGAUAUGAUACAUAAUAGAAGAAGCAGUGUGUCCUCCAGGCCGGCAGGGGGCGAGCGGCUGAAUUUUGUUUAGCGGGAGUGAGCAGCACCCUGUUAGCUUGGGUUACAGCAGCGUUUACAACCUUCGUUAAAACCGGAGCUCUGGUAAGUUAGUAGCAUGUGACAACAAUAGAGCUUCCGUUUGAUGAACCCUCCACGAAAAUAAAAGCGCGCAAAUCAAUGCCUUCUUUCCAUUUUCUGGAUAGUUUGGAGGCUUACAUGCGGACUGGAAAGUUUCCUCCGAAUACAGCUAAAAGCUUAAAGAGAGUGGCCAGAGCUGCCCGCAAAAACUUCAUCUAUAAAGAUGGCUCUCUGUGGCGGACUUAUCGAGGUCGCCUCCUCCGCGUCGUCAGGAGUGACGAUGAAGUUCGGGAGAUCCUGACGCGUUACCAUGACAACAACAACCACGCUGGCCGGAUGCGGGCGGUGAAGGAGAUAUUGAUGAUGUAUUAUUGGGUCGGAGUGACGGAUGCGGUGAAGAACUGGAUCAAAGCCUGCUCAGUUUGUCAGAGCCGACCUCAACCUCCACACCAGCAGCCGCCUGUGCAGUUCUGCCUUGUUUAUGGUUGCGAAGCCUCCAGUUAUGCAAACCCCGAUCUCACCUUCCACAGGUUUCCAAAAGAUCGUGAGCUACGUCGGAGGUGGCUGGCGUUGUCUCAGAGGGACGAAGGGUCGCUGCGCGUAAACUCCCAUGUCUGCUCCCGACACUUUGACGCGUCCUGCUUCACGCUGACUGAGGAGGGUCACCUGAUGCUGUCAGCCGAAGCUGUACCAACCAUCAUACCUGAUGCAAUGCCGGGGAAAGAGAUACCUGUCCCAUCAGAUGAGGCCUUCCUACAGUCUGACACAUUGGAGGACCUCCUCUCUGAAGCUGCUGCAGCUGCUGCAAAACCCACAGACCUCUGUGAUAAUUCUGAAACCACUACAGAGUUGCAGGAACACCAGUACUGUCUUCCAGCUCCUGAUCCACAUUUUAGUGGCUCCAUGAUCCUGAGAGAUGACCAAAGAAUCACCAUUGCUGAGCAGAGCUUCAUUACAUAUAACCACAUUUCAAGGUACCUCAGCACCAGGGUAUUACCACUGCAAAGCAAGGCUAAAAAAAAUGCUUUAAAAAGAAUGGCCAAGCGCUUCGCCCUAAUAGAUGGAGUUCUGAUGUACACCCGGGUCUCUCCUCCUCUUAGAGUUCCACGCAACAAAGAAGAAGUGAAAUCCAUCCUGCGGCAGUUCCACGACAACCAGGGCCACUACGGUGAGGGAAUCUGCCAGCGACAAAUCGCCAAGCACUUCUACUGGUCCAGCCUGAGCCGAGACCUGGCCGGCUGGAUCUCCAGCUGCAACACCUGCCUCAACAGAACCAAGAGGAAGUGGCUGCGCUGCAGCGUCUACAAGUGCUCCAACUGCUGCGGGCCGGUGGAGAGAGGCCUCGGCUUCACCUUCUAUAAGUUUCCUUUUCACAAGCCGGCCUUGCUGGCCGUGUGGAUAAGGGCUGUGGGCCGGCUUAACUGGCAUCCUCGGCUCUGGUCGUCCAUAUGUUCCGCUCAUUUCACCGAAGACUGCUUCGAUCGCAGCGGGGAGGAGGUGGUCCUCCAUAAGGACGCUGUUCCCACACUCAUGGUCCACAGCAACUCAGCGAAUCCAUCAUCCAAUCCAACACCGCCUCCAGCAGGGGAAGGGUGCGAGCAGGCCUUUUUUGCAAAGUACGACGCUGUGGAGCUCUACCUCAACAGACGCACCUACCCUCCUGGACUCAACUACGUAGAGAAGAACACUUUCAGGACAUUUUGCAAAAAGUUUGCCAUAAAAGAUGGAAAGCUGCACAUGGUGCGGGGUGACCGGGAGCGUUUGGUUCUGAGGAACAGGCAGCAGGUUGAGGCCGCCCUGGUGGACUACCACAAUGAGCUGAACCAUCUCGACAUCAACAAGUGUCUCCGGCUGCUCAACGAGAGGUACUUCUGGAAAACCAUGAGACCUGACGUGGUGCAGUGGAUCAGCAGCUGCUCCCUGUGCAGCAUGAAGAGGGGGAAGAAACCGGACAAGCGAGCAGAGGCAGGAAGAGCAGAGGUGAUGAGCGAGAAAGACGGGGACCUUCAUGGUGCAUGUGAUGAUGAUGGUCCUGGUCUGGAAUGUGAUGGUGACACAGAGGAGCAUCAGACGACAGAGUCAGUUGACACAGUGCCUAGAAUCCCCGUCCUCCUUCACUUGAGAUCUCCCAUCAUCCUCCAGCCCAAGACUCCCAACGCCCCCGUUAUUGCCAGGAUGUGGUCUAUCAAAGGAGCAACCUCUGCACAGUCUGACAGCUCAGAGAGUCAAGCUGGCAUCCUGAUCCAGGCGAAGCCCCAGUCACAGGAGUCGACACAACCUGUAGGCCAGAGAGAAACCAGUAGUCCUGAAGGCAGCGCCAGGACGCAUCACAACAUCAAAGUACAGAGUGUUAGCGAAGCUCUCACAGAGCCCCGUCCUCAGCCCGAGCAAAGUCAGCCUCCAGUUCAGAACAGGGUAGCAAAUUCCCAAAAACCAACACAAGUCCCAAGCCUGCAUACGAAGAAGCAACCUGUGAAGAGGAGGAGAGGACUGGGGGAAGGGCCUUCGGAGGAAGGGGGCUCCAGCUGUGGGCUGGAUCCUGUGGUGGCCCCAAGUACAAAACCCUGGCCUGUCUUCACCAUCGCCAACGCUGCUCCAGCUCAGGCAGCACCAUCGCCCACUGAGGUGGUCAGCCAACCUGUGUUUAGGAAGUCCACCAGACUCCAGGCUCGGACCGUCGUCCAGCAGUGCAGCCAGGCAAGGGUUAAAGUCCGGCCGCCGCUGAAUGGGGUCGACGCUCAGUGGGUGGAGAUCCAGGAGGGGAUGGUGGUGUAUGUGUGCUUCUUCCACGGAGCCACUGAGGAGGUGACGUAUGAGAUGGCCAACAGUCUGAUGUCUGUCAAGAUUUUUCGAAAAGACUCCCGGCACUUGGUGUCAGUUCUGGACUUUCCCGGGAGCGUUUUAUUUGUCCCCCAGGACAGUUUGCUCGGGGAGGCGCUGCCCAGCAGGAGGAUGCGGUACAAAGGAGGCUGCGAGCUGUGGCGCGGCGCUCAGCUGUUCUCCAACCUGGUGUCGGCCUGCAGAGAGCUGAUGACGGGCUCGGCUAAAUGCGUGCAGGCAGGGGCCAAGGUGGAGCAGGGCGUCUACGGACAGAAACAAGAGAUUGUCUUGAAUUCUCUGGAGCCGACGUCGCUGCUGCUGGAGUUCUAGGAACACCCAGACAUGCUGGACUUAGUCCAGUUCUUCGCUUACUUGGCUCUGUUUGAACACUUGUUUGGUUUCUCUCCUGUUCUGGAUGAGCUGGUAUUUGCUGGUUUGUUUGGUAUUAUUGCAACAAAACAGGGUGUGUUGUCUGUUGGUUAGACUGAAAAAGCCAAAGGAUGUCCAGUUCAGAGAAGGAAUCUGUGUGGGAAAGGUGUGGCUGCAGAGGAUUUCAUUGUGUGUGUUUUUGUUGCAGUUUGAAGCGACUGAAGCAGCAGCUGGACCGAGCUGCUGUACUGUUUCUGUUCAUGAUGGCGGCCAAUAAAACAGAGACCGGUCCUGGACCUACAA